AAAUAAAGAGAUCUUAGAGAAUGUGGAUUCACAUUAUAGAGUAUUUAAAUAGACAUAAGGCUUGAAUAUUAAAGGUUAUUUGCUACUGAUAUGCAAACGCACAAACAACUGGAUUUAUCAGUUUAAGGUCAUACUGUCUCAUCAAAGUUUUCAUGAACAGGAUUUGCUGAGAAAUUGAUUGGAUUAAAUAUUUAACGUCUUUUCUUUGUUCGGUCCUAAAUCUCCAAUCUUUGAACCCCAGACAUCUGGUUAAAGCCUCUGACUGCACCCUGACAUCUGAGAUAUCACAAUGGAGACAGUGGUUAUUGUGGCCAUUGGAGUUUUGGCCACCGUUUUCCUCGCAUCCUUCGUGGCACUGGUGGUCGUGUGUCGCCAUCGUUAUUGCCAUCAGCCCAAUUUGCUGCAUCACUUUGAGUCGAAGCCCACACUGGAUCUGAUUGGAGCGAUGGAGACUCAGAGCGAGCCGUCCGAGUUGGAGCUGGAGGACGUGGUCAUCACCAACCCGCACAUCGAAGCCAUCCUGGAGAACGAAGAAUGGAUCGAAGACGCCUCCGGUCUAGUGUCUCAUUGUAUCUCCAUUCUGAAGAUAUGCCACACUCUGACAGAGAAACUUGUUGCCAUGACGAUGGGCUCUGGAGCUAAAGUAAAAGCCCCCGCCAGCCUCAGUGACAUCAUCACGGUGGCCAAACGCAUCAGCCCCAGGGUAGAUGAUGUGGUUCGGUCCAUGUAUCCCCCACUGGAUCCGAUCCUUCUUGAUGCCAGGGCUACAGCAUUGUUACUGUCCGUCAGUCACUUAGUGCUGGUGACAAGAAACGCGUGUCACAUGUCGGGCAGUCUAGACUGGAUCGACCAAUCGCUGCACGCAGCUGAAGAUCACAUGGUAGUGCUCAGGGAGGCAGCCUUGGCGUCGGAACCUGAGCGACGGCUACCAGAAAGAGAGCAGUCUAUCUAAUCACAAAUACACACACACACACUUGUACACAAAUCUGAAUUUGACCAAAAAGGUCAAAUUACAAUCCACAUAAAUACUUAGCAUUAGACUUUUUGCACAAAUACCUUUUUUAAAUCUGUUACAUCGUUUUCCACGAUAGUUACAAUCACUCUAUUCCUGUAAAUGAUAUGAAGCAAUCACUUCUAAUAUUCGUUUCCACCUUUUUAUAGCAUGAGAUUGUGUUUAUUAUUGUAGGUGGUAGAAACAGUAAGUGCCCAAAUUUACCAGAAUUCAUUUUUCUGCCUUCAGUCAGAUACAUUAUGUAUAUAGUAAACAUGAAACCUAUACUGUAGACUUAAUAUUCAGUUUUCACAAGUAUUAUGUAUUCAAGUUGUAUAAAAUGUGGAGUUUUUCCUUAUUCUCAGACACUGGAGGAAAAUUCAUGCUCAGAUUCAUGCUUCUGGACAUUGCUAGUCAUAAACUCGUACAAACGCUCCAUUUCUUUGUGGCCUGCAAUCCGAAAUCACAUGAUGUUUAAAGCCUUUCUAAUUCCCUAACCUCACCCUACUGCUCACACACCUGACAAAUGCCAACACAGCGAGCUUAAACAUUAACACAAAGUCUUAAUCACUGCCAGUCUAACCUUGAGCACAUGCAAUCCUAGGAUUGGUAUUUUUUGUAGGAUUUUUAGCCCUAAUGGAGGAAAUAUGUACUGCGUUUUUCUAAAUAUUCAAUUAACCAUGUAGUUGUUCAUUGCUUGGGGAAGAAGUGGAAAACUGUUUUGAUGAAUUGUUCUGCAAGUCAUAUUUACGCAAACAUUUUGACACUCUUUUCUGUUUCUCAAGGAUCUCAUUUAGAUGAGAUAAAAUCAUGCAUAUCCAGCUGUUUCAUGAGCACAUAUUAAUGGAAGAUUUUACCAUUUUUCAAUUUCUCACGUGUGCUAACAAAAGGUUUUUUAUAUAUAUAUAUAUAUAUAUAUUUCCUUGCACUGAGAAAAUCACGGUCAUGCUUAUGCAAGUCAGAACUUUAAAUUCGAAAAAAAUAGUCUUCAUUAAGUUUUUUCUUAACAGUUACACAGAAUUAAACAAAGACUUACCAAAGUAAUCAAAGAAUUGUUUCAGUUGGGGAAAUGUAGUGUGACAAACUAUUAAACCGCUUUUUGAAAGCUGAUUAAACUCCCAAGUACAACUUUUGGCAAAUGUUCUCUCGUCACUUUUUAUUUAGUCUUAAACAGAUUGUGUGCUUUUCUCAGCACAAGUGUUGAAAUUAUGGUCUGUUGUAAUCGCACACUACAGAUCUGGUGUUUGCGUAUGAUGUUUGCAUAAAAAAAAAUUUUAUAUGCCAGUAUAUCCACUUUUUAGUUACUGCUUCUCUGUAGCCUUCACUUUCCUUUUAUUGUUUAUAAUCGUGUGUACUGUUAAAUUAAAGUUUCUUACAGGAAAAAAAAAAAA